ACGUGAUGGGGCGGACGGGGCGGGCGGGGCGUAACUCGGCUGCUGGCUGUGCGGUGGCCGCCAUGCGCCGCCCCGGGCCCGUCUGCUGCGCGCUUCUGCUGCUCUUGGGGCUCUGCAGGGCGCGACCUCGGAACGUGCUGCUGAUCCUGGCAGACGAUGGAGGCUUUGAGAGUGGCGUGUACAACAAUAGUGCCAUUGCCACCCCCCAUCUGGAUGCCCUGGCACGGCGCAGCCUCAUCUUCCGCAAUGCCUUCACCUCCGUCAGCAGCUGCUCCCCCAGCCGUGCCAGCCUCCUCACUGGCCUGCCCCAGGAGGGACCCCUGGGAGGGCGGGAAGUCCAGCCAGCCUCAUGCAGCCCUCACCCACAGCACCAGAAUGGCAUGUAUGGGCUCCACCAGGACGUGCACCAUUUCAACUCCUUUGACAAGGUGCGGAGCCUGCCGCUGCUGCUCAGCCAGGCCGGCGUGCGCACAGGCAUCAUCGGGAAGAAGCACGUGGGGCCAGAGGCUGUGUACCCAUUCGACUUUGCCUACACGGAGGAGAACGGCUCUGUGCUCCAGGUGGGGAGGAACAUCACGAGAAUUAAGCUGCUUGUCCGGAAAUUCCUACAGACUCAGGACAACAGGCCCUUCUUCCUCUACGUGGCCUUUCAUGACCCGCACCGCUGUGGGCACUCCCAGCCCCAGUACGGAGCCUUCUGUGAGAAGUUUGGUAAUGGGGAGAGCGGCAUGGGGCGCAUACCGGAUUGGACACCCCAGACGUACGACCCUCAGGAUGUGGUGGUGCCUUACUUUGUCCCUGACACCCCGGCAGCCCGAGCUGACCUGGCUGCUCAGUAUACCACCAUCGGCCGAAUGGACCAGGGGAUUGGACUUGUGCUGCAGGAGCUGCGUGGAGCAGGUGUCCUGAAUGACACGCUGGUCAUCUUCACAUCAGACAACGGGAUCCCCUUCCCCAGUGGCAGGACCAACCUGUACUGGCCAGGGACUGCUGAGCCCUUGCUGGUAUCAUCCCCGGAGCAUCCAAAGCGCUGGGGCCAGGUCAGCGAGGCCUACGUGACCCUCCUAGACCUCAUGCCCACCAUCUUGGAUUGGUUCUCCAUCCCCUACCCCAAGUAUGCCAUCUUUGGCUCAAAGACCAUUCAGCUCACGGGCAGGUCACUCCUGCCAGCACUGGAGACAGAGCCCCCUUGGGCUACUGUCUUCGGCAGCCAGAGCCACCACGAAGUCACCAUGUCCUACCCCAUGCGCUCCGUGUACCACCGGAACUUCCGCCUUGUGCACAACCUCAGUUUCAGGAUGCCGUUUCCCGUGGACCAGGACUUCUACGUCUCACCCACCUUUCAGGACUUGCUGAACCGCACCGUAGCAGGCCAGCCCACUGGCUGGUACAAAGACCUGCACCACUAUUACUACCGGGAGCGCUGGGAGCUCUAUGAUGACAGCCUUGACCCCUGGGAGACCCAGAACUUGGCCACUGACCCCCGCUUUGCAGAGGUGCUGGAGAUGCUGAAGACCCGCCUGGCCAAGUGGCAGUGGGAGACUCACGACCCCUGGGUGUGUGCCCCUGAUGGUGUCCUGGAAGAAAAGCUCUCUCCACAGUGCCGGCCACUCCAUAAUGAACUGUGAUGGUCCCUGGGGCACCUGCCAGGCCCUUCUAUUCAUCCACACUCCUAUCUGAGGCAGCUCCUCAAUAUACAGGUGUCCUUUCUUCCUCUCCUGGAGGAAAAACCCACGUACGGACGUCAGACCCUCUUCCAGGUACUGCCACCAUAGAGGACACUGCUGGCCUCAUGUUGGGGAUUUGAGACACUCUUAAAUCUUGGGAACUGACCAAUGUUUGUGAGCCCUUCACCCACAGGAGACUGGGUCCUCCUGUGUCUCAUGGGCCUUUUAUCUACCUGGUCUGCUGCAGCUCUUGGAGCUGCCUGGGGCCUGCCUGUCCUGCCUCCCCUCCUGAGGUACCUACCCAGCAGGAUUCUCACUGAUUCUUGGCAAUGACGAGUUUAUUCCUGUGUUCUUUCCAGUCAUCUUUUCUAAGAGUGACGGAGGAUGAGGUGGGACAGUGCACCUCCUGUGGCUUAGGUUCCUUGUGUGACAUCAGCAUCUGGCUCCAUAGCUGCCCUGCCUCCACUGCCAUGGGAGAAGCUUGGCUUGAAGAAACCUAGAAAGCAGGUUCUCUUCCUCUCAUGGGGGGCUUCAUCCCCUUUCUUCCCCCAUCAACUCCAUACUGGGGCCGUAGCACUGUAAAAUCUUUUUAUUUUAGUAAAACACAGGUUUAUUUACUGAA